UUGGCGGGUCGGUUCGUCUAUACGAGAGCUGUCAUUUGUGUCGCUAAUUUUGUUCAUUGUGUGUAGUAAAUUGGUGCUAUCGUGUUAAAAACAAUUAAAUCGAUCAAAGUAUUUUUAUGAAGAAGAAACACAAUAAUCGCAUAAGUGCAACGUGAGCUAUAAAUCCAAAACGAAAUGGCAAACAGAACUGGAACAGCCCAACGACCAAACGGCUCGACACAGGGCAAAAUCUGUCAGUUCAAACUGGUCCUACUCGGCGAAUCGGCCGUCGGUAAAUCCAGCCUCGUCUUGAGGUUUGUCAAAGGGCAGUUCCACGAGUACCAGGAGAGUACCAUCGGGGCCGCUUUCCUCACACAGACCGUUUGCCUCGACGAUACCACGGUUAAAUUCGAAAUAUGGGACACCGCUGGGCAGGAAAGGUAUCACAGUCUGGCCCCGAUGUACUACCGAGGAGCGCAGGCAGCUAUUGUGGUGUACGACAUCACCAAUCAAGACACGUUCGGCAGAGCAAAGACGUGGGUGAAGGAGCUGCAGAGGCAAGCGAGUCCGACUAUCGUGAUCGCGUUAGCAGGAAACAAACAGGAUUUGGCCAACAAGAGGAUGGUCGAAUUCGAGGAGGCCCAGACGUACGCCGAUGAAAACGGGCUGUUGUUCAUGGAAACGUCGGCGAAGACGGCGAUGAAUGUCAACGAUAUUUUCUUGGCGAUAGCUAAGAAACUCCCCAAAAACGAACAGGCGACGGCCCAAGGCGGCAGCGGCCAAGGCAGGAGACUGGCAGAAGGCGACACGGGUGCCAAAGCCGCGGGAAAUUGCUGCAAGUGAUGCCCUCCCCCACCACCACCGUUCGGGUUUGUGUCUUUAAUUCAGCGAGAUGGACUGGACUGUGCUGUUGCACUUUAGUGAUACAUAAGUGUAAUAAUAAGCCCUUUUAUUAAUACUGUUAUAACACUCAUACAAAAGUACACUGUCACUUGUUAGGAUCAGAUCCUAAACGGUUUGGUUGCAUUUCCGUCUUUUUUUACGAUUCUAUUUUAUUUAUAGCAAGUUGAAACUACUAAAAAGCUCUUGUGAUAAUGGCGUUUUUUUCUUUGACAGUGUAGAAUUGGAUUGACGAAAUUAUAGCACUCCAAAUUUUCUUCUUGUUCUGGUCGAUUUUAUUGGUUUCUUCUUAAUUCAGUAAGUGCAAUUAUCGUUAAGUCACCGCUUUCGGCAGAUUUUGUCAAUCUAAUUUGUGUAAGAUUUCUAAGGCGAUUUAAAAUUUACACAAGACACGUGUAAGUUGUAAAUCUCGUUUUGUGUGUCUUUUAAAUGUUUUUCAAAUUAUCUAAGUAUGUUUCACAACACUUUCCGAGUCCACGGUAAAAGAAAUUUGACAGUCGCCGCGUUGUUUUGAAAUGUACUUUCCCAAAAUGAUGCAUGACUGGUAUUUUAAUGAUUUUAGUGUAUGGAACUUUUUUUAAAGAGGAAAUUAGCGAAACCGCUCAUAAGUAUAAGGGUAGGUCAUGUAUCAUCCAGUCUCGCGCUCUAUACAGACUUGUAUUAACGACCAAGUCUUCAUCGACCCCUGAGACUCUUAGUCCUACAUUCGUAUAUAUAUAAUUUAGUAGAUGUACAAUGUAGUAAGGUGGUUGUACAGAUUUUAAAAAUGAGGAAACUAAUAUCGUCUGGUAUGGAUGUCUCUUUAUCCAUGAGUAUCACUGUAUUAUAUUUGAAUAUAUUAAUUAAAUUUA